AUUAUUUUUUUGUUUAAAUAAAUAAAAUAAAAAUUCGCAUUGCCUCGCCAUGGGCUCUUCUUUUUUAACUCAAACGCGAAUUUGGUUUCUCCUCCUUUCUCUUAAACGCCCCCUUAACCUCUCUCUAUCCUUCUGUGCACAAACCCAAAGCAAAGACUUGAGGGAUUGUACAUCAUUAGUCAUGGACGAGUGUUCUGGUAAAAGAGCUGGUGAUGGGCUGGUUGUCUCUAGAAAGGGAUCUACCCUUGAUUUGAAUGAUAGUGCCAAUGAUAAAGACCAAAAUGCUCAAUUUUGCAACCGCAUUGGGUGUACUAGUGGGAGGCUAAACUCUGCUAAAUGUACGCAAAUCAGUUAUUCAGAGAAAGCCCAAUCUUCAAGGCAAUCAUUACGUUCUCUGUCAAAUGGCAAGGAAAUAAUUGGAAGUUCUUCUAGGACCUUCUCCGCAACCAGCAAUCUUGGGAAAUCUUUUGCAGGACCUCGGAAAAGGCGGACUUCUCAGCCAGAAAGAGAUCCAUGUGAGGCUGUUAGUUUUCAAGAUGAUCCUGAACUGCCAAAAUUUGUAACUCCUCCUAGAAAGAUCCAACAAGGUCUUGGCUCUGAAUCUGAUGAUGCUGGGCCUAGUGAGAGCACCUCAAUGGAAGUUGGUAGCUCUAGUACACCCAGCACAAGAUCUCAUAGGAAUUUAUAUCAGAAAUUAGGAAUAGGUAAACCAGAUGUAUCUGUACGCUCGCCUGUUCUAUUGAUAUCUAAAACCUCAAGUCAAGGGACUCGUGCUAGUCCACACAGGUAUGGUAUGAGAAACGUUAGAUGCAGUUCAGUGUUGCACGCCUUCCCUACAGGAUCUUCAACAUCAGAUUCAAAUCUCAUUAGACGAAAAGAAACAACUAACAAGAGAAUCACUGGUGGAGAAAGUAGUUUCUCUGCUAGAGGAAAGAAAAUAAGCGAGUCAUCUUUGGAAGGGCGGCAUUCUAGUUCUAGCUACGGUAUCUCAAUUUCCGAUUCAAGAAGAACCAGAAAUGCACCUUCCAACCAGGAUGAUGGUCCUGCAUCAGUUAGGACUCGAAGAUCAGUUGGUUACACUUGGACCAAGGUUGCUAAUCAAGAAAGUGGAAAUAAUCUAUCACCAAAUGAGCCCCAUGUAAUCCCACAAAUGUCUCAGCCUAUUUUGUCCAUUGAUUUGAAUUCUCCUACUUCAUCACAUCAACUCUCUACAGAAUCCUCCCAAAAUCUCUCAAGGUCUUAUGGUCUACCUGGUAGUAGCCAUGAGAGUUUUUGGGGCAUUAGGUCAUCCAAUCCUGCAGAAGUUGUCAACAUCCAAUCUAGUGUGGAGAACUUCCAGCACUUCAAUAUGGAUGGAAUUGCUGAGAUGUUACAGGCACUUGAGAGGGUUGAACAAGAUGAAGAGCUAACCUAUGAGCAAUUACUUGUUCUGGAGACUAAUAUGUUUCUUAAUGGGCUGAAUUUCUAUGACCAGCAUAGAGACAUGAGAUUGGAUAUUGAUAAUAUGUCAUAUGAGGAGUUAUUAGCUCUAGAAGAAAGGAUGGGUACGGUGAGCACAGCACUAACUGAGGAAGCAUUGUCAGAAUGCCUUGAGAUUAGCAUCUAUCAGUCAGCAUCCCCGGUGGAUGCUACUUUGGACUUUUGUGGGGAAAAUGCUCAUGCCAAAUGCAGUAUCUGUCAGGAGGAAUAUGCUGCUGGAGAUGAAGUGGGGAGAUUGAAAUGUGAGCAUAGGUAUCAUGUGGCCUGCAUACAUCAAUGGUUGAGGCUUAAGAACUGGUGCCCCGUUUGCAAGUUAUCGGCAGUGCCCUCAUCCUCACCAGCAUCACCACCAGCAGUCAAUCAAUAAUUGGAUGUUUGAGACUGACUUUAUUUUGUCCAAACUAAGAGUUGGCAAUUUACUUCUCGUGAUGACUUGUUUUGGAGAUGAGGGAUAAUCUCUUGGCAAAGUAACUUUGCAUGCGUGAAGCAAGUUGAUCCUGACCUUUACAGCCACUGACAAAGGCGCUCCUUACGGAGUAGCUAAAUACAAACUAGGGCAGCAUUCUCUGGACCGACAAUAGGAUUCCUUACUCCUUAAAAUGUAUGGUUUAACAUCUGUUUUAUCUCACAUUAAUAUAAGUAGAAAAAGUGCUUUCCUUGUUCAAUGAAAUGAUAUUCUGCCCUUUAACCGUCUUUUCCUUUCCUUGCCCCUGAAAAGGCAAGUGGUUAUAGAAGGGUAUACAUUGGAGAGGAAAUCCUUUUUUCGACAAACAAAAAAAAAGGAUGCUCGUCUUGCAGAAUUACUAAGAUUAUCCUGUAUUUCUGGGUUUGUUUUUGUCAUUUCUCUAAGAAAUUAAUUAGGUCUGCUUUUUCUACUACAAAGGGGACAGCCCCAACUUGGCAUUAGUUGACAACACCAUCAGCCAGCAAUGGACUUUUAGCAAGAUCUUAUGUAUGAAAAACUAUAAUAUAUAGUUUGUAAGGAAAUUCUUUUAAAUAUAACAUGCUUUUUUAUUGUAUUGCUUCACAA